GAAUAGUGAAAUUGUAGUGCUGAGAUUCCGCUUGCUGUCAGAUCUUUUGAACUUUGCUCUGUUUAUUAAGGAGUACUUUACACGAAGAACGUUUGUCCUUUCCCCGUUUUUCAUUUCUUCUUUUUAAAUCUUUGCUUUUAGUCAGAAAUAGUACCUUCCGGGUCUUUUAAUUCUGGCUCUGGAAAGGUAAAGCUGCGUCUAUUAUUGUCAGAACUGAAACUGAUUUGGAAUGGUACAAAGCUGGCUGGUCAAAGGGGCCCGUUCGCCCUCCGUAUUUGCAGCUCAUUCAUGCUCAGACAGGUUUUUGUGAAGCGUGGUUCUUGGGCAAUAGCAACAAAGGUGCACGGACCUGAUACCGUGGGCUACUGAAGGAGAUGGAGCGUUUCUUGGGCUUUGUCAAGCAGAUAAGAAGAUCCAGGAGAAGAAAAGGGAAAAAGUACCGGCCAGAGGAGGAUUAUCAUGAGGGUUAUGAGGAUGUCUAUUAUUAUGCUUCUGAGCACUUUCCAAAUGAGAGUCCAUAUACUAAAUCUGCAAACCAGACAAAAUCACCUGAAGGAGCAUUAGCUGUAAGGAGACACAGUAUUCCAGAGGAAUUCAAGGGCUCAACAAUAGUUGAAUUAAUGAAAAAAGAAGGCACCACUUUGGGACUUACUGUAUCUGGUGGAAUUGACAAGGAUGGGAAACCAAGAGUAUCCAACCUUCGCCAAGGAGGAAUUGCUGCUAGAAGUGACCAAUUAGAUGUGGGAGACUACAUCAAAUCUGUGAAUGGCAUCAAUUUGACCAAGUUUCGUCAUGAUGAGAUUAUCAGUUUACUCAAGAAUGUUGGUGAAAGAGUUGUAUUAGAAGUGGAGUAUGAGCUACCACCAGUCUCUGUACAAGGAUCAGGUGUCAUUUUUAGAACUGCAGAGGUUACUUUACAUAAAGAAGGGAACACUUUUGGAUUUGUAAUAAGAGGUGGAGCACAUGAUGACAGAAAUAAAUCUCGUCCUAUUGUAAUAACAUGUGUUAGACCUGGAGGGCCUGCUGACAGAGAGGGAACAAUCAAGCCAGGUGACAGGUUGCUUAGUGUUGAUGGGAUUCGGCUUGUUGGAACAUCGCACAGUGAAGCCAUGAGUAUUCUCAAACAAUGUGGGCAGGAAGCAACUCUGCUGAUAGAAUACGAUGUCUCCGUAAUGGAUUCGGUAGCAACAGCUUCUGGCCCACUGCUUGUUGAAGUUGCCAAAACUGCUGGUUCUGCUCUGGGAGUUGCAUUAUCUACCUCAAUGUGCUGCAGCAAACAAGUCAUUGUCAUUGAUAAAAUAAAAUCUGCAAGUAUCGCAGACAGAUGUGGCGCAUUACAUGUAGGAGAUCAUAUUCUUUCUAUUGAUGGUACCAGCAUGGAGUACUGUACAUUAGCAGAAGCCACACAGUUCUUGGCUAAUACUUCUGAUAAUGUCAAACUUGAAAUCCUUCCUCAUCAUCAGACUCGGCUGGCUCUAAAGGGACCAGAACACGCCUUGGUUUCUUCAUCCUUCUCUCCUGCCUCCAUGAGUGCAUACAGUCUAAGCUCCUUGAACAUGGGGACCUUGCCUCGUAGUCUCUACUCUACUAGCCCACGGGGAACUAUGAUGAGAAGGCGAAUGAAAAAGAAAGACUUCAAAAGCUCAUUGUCCCUUGCUUCUAGCACUGUUGGCCUGGCUGGUCAGGUUGUCCAUACAGAAACCACAGAAGUAGUGCUGACAGCUGACCCUGUUGUUGGGUUUGGAAUACAGCUCCAAGGUAGUGUGUUUGCUACUGAGACCUUGUCUUCACCACCUCUGAUUUCAUAUAUUGAGGCUGACAGUCCAGCAGAAAGGUGUGGCAUCUUACAAAUUGGAGACAGGGUGCUGGCUAUAAAUGGGAUUCCAACAGAAGACAGCACUUUUGAUGAAGCUAAUCAGCUCCUCAGAGAUUCUUCUAUCACCAGCAAGGUCACUUUGGAAAUAGAAUUUGAUGUUGCAGAGUCUGUCAUUCCAAGUAGUGGCACUUUUCAUGUAAAACUACCAAAGAAGCAUAAUGUAGAGCUUGGAAUCACUAUAAGCUCUCCAUCAAGUCGAAAACCAGGAGACCCUCUUGUUAUUUCUGAUAUUAAGAAGGGAAGUGUAGCACACAGAACUGGAACAUUAGAACUAGGUGAUAAACUGCUUGCCAUAGACAAUAUUCGACUGGAUAACUGUUCCAUGGAAGAUGCUGUUCAAAUCUUGCAGCACUGUGAGGAGCUUGUAAAGCUAAAAGUCCGGAAAGAUGAAGAUAACUCUGGUAUUCAUAAAACCAAUUGCAUCCUCUUGGCAUGUAUUGCAGAUGAACAAGAGAGCUCAGGAGCAAUUAUUUAUACUGUUGAGCUCAAGCGGUAUGGAGGACCUCUUGGGAUCACUAUUUCUGGCACCGAAGAGCCCUUUGAUCCCAUUAUCAUCUCUAGUCUUACUAAAGGCGGACUCGCUGAAAGGACAGGGGCAAUUCACAUUGGAGACCGGAUCUUAGCAAUAAACAGUAGCAGUCUAAAAGGAAAACCACUGAGUGAAGCUAUACAUUUGUUACAGAUGGCAGGAGAGACAGUAACCUUGAAAAUCAAAAAGCAAACAGAUGCUACAAGCCCCAAGAAGUUCCCUGCCUCUGGUCACCUCAAUGAAUCCAGUGAUACAGAGGAAGCUGCAGCCACCACACAAAAACCAGGCAAACUUUCAGAAAUAUACUCCACUACUGUCCCAAGUGUGGACAGUGCUGUAGAGUCGUGGGAUGGCUCUGGUAUAGACAACAGCUAUGCAAGCCAAGCUCCCAGUUAUCAGGCUUCAGGAUACAGCUUCAAUACCUUUGAAUGGAGAAGUCCAAAACAAAGGGGCAGUUUGCCUCCUCCAAACAGACCCAGAACAAACCCAUUCCAUGAUACAGGGCUAAUUGAUGAUGAAUGGAGCAAAACGGCACCAAGCAGCUUUGCAGGUGGCCCUGAAACUGAACAGGAGGAAAAUUUCUGGUCUCAAGCACUGGAGGACUUGGAGACCUGUGGACAGUCAGGAAUUCUGAGGGAAUUAGAGGACAAGGCUGAAAGGCGUCUGUGUUUGAGAAACAUGACUCUCUUGGCAACAAUUAUGUCAGGGAGUACAAUGAGUUUGAACCACAACAACCCACAGCAUCGCAGCCAUCUGGGAAGGCAAGCCAGCUUCCAAGAAAGAAGCACUUCAAGGCCACACUACAGCCAGACAACUCGUAGCAACACUUUACCAUCUGAUGUGGGGAGGAAAUCUGUAGCGCUACAAAAAAUGAAGCAAGAGAUGAAGGAGAUCAUGUCACCAACACCUGUGGAGUUACACAAGGUAACUUUGUAUAAAGAUUCUGACAUGGAAGAUUUUGGGUUCAGCGUAUCAGACGGAUUGCUGGAAAAAGGCGUGUAUAUUAAAAACAUUCGGUCAGCUGGACCUGGAGAUGUGGGUGGUUUGAAGCCAUAUGACAGACUUCUACAGGUAAACCAUGUUCGCACAAGAGACUUUGACUGCUGUCUAGUUGUGCCCCUCAUAGCAGAGUCUGGUAAUAAACUAGAACUUGUUAUUAGCAGAAAUCCUCUAGCAUCUCAAAAAAUAAGCACUGAGCAACACACUUUCACCACUGGGGAAUGGAGCGAUGCAAACAAUGCCUUCCUUCAACAAAGUGGACACAACACCGGUUCAGAAAUGCCACGGGAACCUACGAACACUUUAUAGCCAAAAAACUGUAUUAGUACAAGAUAUUUAAAUGGUGCUAUAUCCCUUUGAGAUUUCUACUACACUGGAAACACAGCUCUUAAGAAGCACAGGAGAGCCUGAUUAUUUCUCAAGACUCGUUAUUUGGUACUUGCUUCCCAAACAGAAUUUUGUUCUGUUCUUGUUUUUUAUUAUCAUGAACAGUGCCAUUCCAAAAAGACCCUAAAUUCAUGUGAAAAUGAAUGGUGAAAGUGGAUUUAUUUUUAUCAUGACAGAUUUCAUUAAGACAUAGAAUGGACAGAAAAUCCCUGAUUUAAACACACACACACACACCCCACAAUUAUUUUUUUUAACAUCCAAGUUAUAAACAUGCAGAUUGAUCUGCAGAAUUCUGAUCGCAUUUGAAGACCAGGUGAUGAAACUGAAUAAAGGAAUGUUGAAAUGUUCCUGCUGCACUCAGAAGGGGACUUGUACAUUGGUUGUCACAGUGGUUGCUUUGUAGCAAGCUAUGGUUUUGCUGCCUCUGCUGCAGUGAAAAAGGGGCAGACACGAGAACUACAAAGUGGCUUUACAACUUUGUUUGAGCAAAGGGGCACAGCAGGAAUCUGAAAUGUGGGGGCGGGGCGGGGUAGGGGUGGUUUAACAUGUAGUGUCCAGCUGUAGUAUGAUUUUAUUAGGAGUUAUAUUAUUUCCUAUGCAACAAUGUACUGAACAGGAUAUGUCUUGCAACCUGUAAAGAUUUUUUGACUUUGGGACAUUUGAAACUUCUGAUGAACCACUGAUUUUUUUUAAAAAAUGCAGUAAAAUGAAUUUUAGUGAUAUUUAAAAAUAAAGUUUAUACACACAAAGAAAACAUUCAAGUAAAUGUUUUUUUUUUACUUUGAAUUAUGGUAGCAAAUAAAUAUUAAUGCAAAUCUUAACUUAGGACACAUGCAAAUUAAAUUGUAUAGUUACACAGGAUAAAUUUUUAAAAUUAAGGUGAAUGCAUUGCUUUAAAAUGUCUAUUUAAAUAAUCUUUGUGGAAUCUCCUUGACCCCAACUAUUUUGGGCGAUUAAUUUUUAAAUUGUAAAUACAUUUUGCACUCUCUCUCUCACACACACACACACACCCAAAUUCUGCUCUCCCCCCCACCCUUCCUGUCAGAGCAAUAAAUUGUGCCAGUUGCUUCUUAGGCUCACCAGCAGCUGCUUUGAUUUGUUUACUGUUAUUGUCAUGGUAAUUAAUGUUACUUGGUGACUGAAAAGACACUGGAUUUGUCAAUUAUAACUGUAGAGUCUUCAUAUCUUAGCAAUCCUUCCAAUAACCAGGAUUUUUCCCCAUCUAUUUGAAUUGUUGCUAUAGUCCUAAUGAUAUUUCCCUUAACCUGCUUCAUAAGCAAGCUUACCUGUCCUAUGCACAUACCAGUGAAAUGUUUUACUCAUUUGUCAGCACUGCCAGAGAAAAUUCAUUUAAAAUGAAAAUGAAACCCAAAUCAUGAUCCACUUAAUAUGUAUUUUUAUUUGUAACAAAUGGGUAUUCAAAUGAAAGUAUUUUUGUACAAAUUUAAUACUUUAAUAGCAUGACAUUUAUCGUCCAUGUAUGGUUUCUGGGAAUUCAAACUGUUGAAAAAUUUGUAUGAAAAACCAAUAAAAAAAUUAAAAUAAACAAUGAUUUAAAGACUA